GUGGCUCAUAUCUGUCUUAAAGAGCUCUUAAUUCCAAGGUCUUAGUCACAAAUGUACAAGCAUCAGGAGUAACAUAAUUGUAAUCACUGUUUCUUCCACUUUCAGGGAAGAAAAACAGUUCUUUUAAACUCAUGGCUUCCUGGGCCAGUGUUUCUUACCAGCCCCUGUUCUUACUUCAGAGUGUUAGUGAUGUCCAGAAUAUUCAUGUAUAAGAGGAGUAAUGAGCACCCUGAAGUUUAUAUACAGCUUGAACAAAUAAGUCAUCUGCAUUUGAAUGCCGGCGCUGAAGAUUGCACAUCCAUUAUUGCUGGAGUGCAUCUGCUUUAUUUUUAACACUUAAAAGAAUUAGGCUUUACUCAUUAAAUUUUAGCUUAAAUCUGUGGCUUUUCAAUAUUACGCAAGUCAAGAUAGGUUAAAAACAAAACUGGCCAUGAUAGAAGGCAUCCUUGAUCAGUUUCUCAACCUCUUUCCUUGUGUAUUUAUUCUGACUUUGUUCCCUUUUUUAGGUAGGGGUGCCAUUGUGUUACUUUUUAUGUGAAACAUUUUACAAGCCACAUUAGAGUCCUAUGGGUACAUUGUAUUGAGUUACUGUUCAAUACCUGUUAAUUAAAUUAGUACAGGUUAUAAAGAAAGCAUUAACAUAAUGCUUUCAUGGGAGUCAUGAUUAGGGAAAUGUCUUUGUAUGUUAAAACUUGCCAAGUUGCAUUCUGUUUUAAGACACGUGAACACAGAUCAUUUAUUUAUUUAUUUAUGUGACAAAUGUUUUCAGGCUCCAACUAAGGGCCAGACUCUAUGCUUCAUGCUGGAGAUACUAAAAUGAUUAAGACACAAUUGGCUGCCCUCAGGGAACUGUCUAGUGGCAAAGAGAAACAUAAGACAAAAAGUUCAGUAUCAUUAAUUAUAUGAAAUGAAUAUAUUUUAUCACAUUUGAGAAUUUAAACUUUAUGUGUCCUUUGGCUCUAAGUAUAAGCAUUGUUACAAUGAUUUUCAAGGUUAUUUUUGCUAUUAUGUAGUCUCAAAAAAAUCUGAUGGAAGAUAAAAUUCUGCUUCUCAAAUGGCUGUAAUUGGAAGUGAAUGCACAGCUAAUUAAGUAUACUGUAAGAAAUCACAUGAUGUCAUAGAAAAAUACUAAGUUUUAGCAAACCUGUUUUAAAAAAAAUCAUUUUAGACUCCUUCCUUCUUUUCCCUUUCUUUUUCCUCCCUCCUUCCCUUCCUUCCACAGGUGUGUAUUAAUUGAUUUAUAAGUGCUUUUAAUUCAUUAAUUUUCUAAGAGGCCUGGUCUUUUUGUCUGUGCUUGUUCAGUGGCACACAGUAGGAGCUUGAUUCAUACUUCACUGAAUGAAUAUUGAAAGAACUCAGGGCAGUUUUCCAGAUUCUGAGUGUGUCUUGGUGAAUAAGCAUGGCUUCUACCCACAUAGAAUUUAUAGUCUAAUUUAGAACUAGAUUUAAUGUUAUCUCUGAAAUUUAAACACAUUUCAACAUAAAAAACGACCAUUUUUUACCAUACCAGGACUUCUUUGUUAAGCCUGACUCAGACCAGUGUAUGAUGGCCAUAGGUUCAAACUCUGCCAGAAGAACAAGUACCGUGUCCCAUAAUAACUUAAUAUCCUAUGGCAAAAUAGAAAAGACAUUUGAAGCCGAUUGUAGUAAAUUUCUGCAUGUAUAUUUCAGUUCACAAAACUGUGUAAGUUCUAUUGUAACAAAUGCCUGGAUAACUUGUUCAACGGAGUUCCACUGUAGUAAGAAGUUCUUGAAAUAAGAGGCUCCUUCCAAUAGAAAAAUGUGUCUUAUUAGGAAUAUCUGAAUGGAAUGCUUUAAGUGGACAUUCUUGCUAUGGCCACUACCCUCUUAUCAAAAGUUUAGGAUGGUAAAGAAGUGCUUAUUUUGUCCCAAACGUGAUACUAAGACUUCGCAACUCCACAGAAAAAGCCCAAUUCAGUGAGCAAAGUAGUGCUCUUUGGCAAAGAUGAAGACAAACAGGAGUCAUGAAGACAAAACUUGGCGCUAGGGGUUGGCAGUGGUCGAUCUGGGCCCGGGAGGCGAUGCCAGGGGUAGGUUCAGGGAGUAAGGGGGACCGCAAUCUUCCGGUCAGCGGAACCCCUUCUUUCUGCCAUCAGCAAAUGCGGGGACAGCUGACGGCGCGUCCCUUGUAGAUGCUUGUCCUCUGGGGCCGGGAGGCCUGGGCAGAUUGAGGCGUGCCCUGCAGGGGCCGAGCCGCCCAGUCUCGGGAACAGGCGGCGCGUCCCCGCCCGCAGCUCAGGUUCCCGCGAGGCGGUCGGCUUCAGAGAGUCGAGCUCGGCAGCUCGGCAGCGGCUGCGGGCGCAAGGCCUCGCUCUCGCGCCUUUGAAAACUUUCCAGCGCGCGUGCCCCGGCGCCGCGCGGCGGCCCUGCCGGACCCCCGCGGGGAACUUCUCGGUGGCCCGGGGCCUGUCACUCCCGCUCGCCGACGCGCCUCCCCUGGGUUCGCGCUCCCGGACCGCCCUCCCUCUCGGCGAGGACCGUCCCCGCCGCCGCUCGCUUUCAACAUGGCCCGGCCGCGUCCCGCGCGCUGAGCGGGCGAGCGCGGCGCGCAGCCCCUGCGGCCCCCGGAGCGGGGGCGGGGAGCGGAGGAGGGGACCGCCGGAGCGCCCGCUGCCUGCUCCGGGCCGACUUCUCGCCAAUGGUCCAAAGCGACAUGUCCAAGUCGCCUCCCACAGCGGCGGCGGCGGUGGCGCAGGAGAUCCCGAUGGAGCUGCUGGAGAACACGGCUCCCGCGGGGGCGCUCGGAGCGGCCGCACAGUCAUAUGGAAAAGGAGCUAGAAGGAAACACAGACUGAAAGGGUCGGAUGGGAGUACCUCUUCAGACACUACCUCCAAUAGUUUCAUCCGUCAGGGUUCGGCAGACUCCUACACCAGCCGUCCAUCCGAUUCAGAUGUGUCUGUGGAGGAAGAUCGGGAGGCAGUGCGCAGAGAAGCCGAGCGGCAGGCCCAGGCCCAGUUGGAAAAAGCAAAGACAAAGCCCGUUGCAUUUGCGGUGCGGACAAAUGUCAACUACAGUGCAGCCCAUGAAGAUGAUGUUCCAGUGCCGGGCAUGGCCAUCUCAUUCGAGGCAAAAGAUUUCCUGCAUGUUAAGGAAAAAUUUAACAACGACUGGUGGAUAGGGCGAUUGGUUAAAGAAGGCUGUGAAAUCGGAUUCAUUCCAAGCCCAGUCAAACUAGAAAAUAUGAGGCUACAGCAUGAACAGAGAGCCAAGCAAGGGAAAUUCUACUCCAGUAAAUCGGGAGGAAAUUCAUCAUCCAGUUUGGGUGACAUAGUACCUAGUUCCAGAAAAUCCACUCCACCAUCCUCUGCUAUAGACAUAGAUGCUACUGGCUUAGAUGCAGAAGAAAAUGAUAUUCCAGCAAACCACCGCUCCCCUAAACCCAGUGCAAACAGUGUAACGUCACCCCACUCCAAAGAGAAAAGAAUGCCCUUCUUUAAGAAGACAGAGCACACUCCUCCUUAUGAUGUGGUACCUUCCAUGCGACCGGUGGUCUUGGUGGGCCCUUCUCUGAAGGGGUAUGAGGUCACAGAUAUGAUGCAAAAAGCAUUGUUUGAUUUUUUAAAACACAGAUUUGAAGGACGGAUAUCCAUCACAAGGGUCACCGCUGACAUCUCAUUAGCCAAACGCUCAGUGUUAAACAAUCCCAGUAAGCACGCAAUAAUAGAAAGAUCCAACACAAGGUCAAGCUUAGCGGAAGUUCAGAGUGAAAUCGAAAGGAUUUUUGAACUUGCCAGAACGUUGCAACUGGUAGUCCUUGAUGCAGACACUAUUAAUCAUCCAGCUCAACUUAGUAAAACCUCUUUGGCCCCUAUUAUAGUAUAUGUGAAGAUUUCUUCUCCUAAGGUUUUACAAAGGUUAAUAAAAUCUCGAGGGAAAUCUCAAGCAAAACACCUCAAUGUCCAAAUGGUAGCAGCUGAUAAACUGGCUCAGUGUCCUCCAGAGCUGUUUGAUGUGAUCCUGGAUGAGAACCAGCUCGAGGAUGCAUGUGAGCACCUUGCUGACUAUCUGGAGGCCUAUUGGAAGGCCACCCAUCCUCCCAGCAGCACCCUCCCCAACCCUCUCCUUAGCCGCACCUUAGCCACUUCAACUCUACCUGUCAGCCCAACUCAAGCCUCUAAUUCACAGGGUUCUCACAGUGCUCAAAGGACUGAUCGUUCUGCUCCUGCCCGUUUCUCUUCCCGAGCUGAAGAAGACCCCUGCCUGGAACCAGUCAGGAAAGCCCAGCACCGUUCCUCCUCCUCUGCGCAGCACCACAACCAUCGCAGUGGUACAAAUCGAGUCCUCUCUAGGCAAGAGACCUUUGACUCAGAAACCCAGGAGAGUCGAGACUCUGCCUAUGUGGAGCCAAAGGAAGAUUCCCCCCAUGACCACUACACCCCACAUCAUGACCACAGCCACAGAGAUGAGCCCCAUGGGAGCAGUGAGCACAGACACAGGGAGUCUCGGCACCGUUCCCGGGACCUGGAUCGCGAGCAGGACCACAAUGAAAGCAAUAGGCCACGGAGCCGGCACAAAUCCAAGGAUCAUUACUGUGACAAGGAUGAAGGGAUCUCCAAAAAACGGAAUGAGGCUGGGGAGUGGAACAGGGAUGUCUAUAUCCGCCAAUGACUUUAGCCCUUUUGUGUUUUGUUUUGUUUUUUUAGUCUUGUAUACCACCACUCUCAAACUAAAUCUUUGGGGUCUGCAUUGCAGUCACAUGUGAUCUGUCUUGUAUAUUUUGUAUUGCUGUUGCUUGAAUAGCAAUAGCAUGAAAAAGAGUAUUCAUAAUACUUUUUUCCUUUUGUAAGUGCUAUAUAAAUUCACCUAGUAUGGCUGCAGUCCUCUGGCUGUAUACUGGGCUUGUCUGGGAUAGCUGCCAUUUGAACAAAAUCUGCCAUCCAGGUGGCAUUAGUAUUUUAAGGAACAUACUUACGUUUUCAAAAUUUAAUUACUGUAUCCAGCAAGCCAGAAUUGGCCCAGAUAAAAAAAAAAGUGGAAUUUGUUGAUUCUCCAGAUUUUUAAUAUGUAGGCACCUGAUCUGCAUACUCACUCAACCAUGGACCACUGUUUCUUGCUUGUACCUCUGGCUGACUAAAUUUGGGGACAGAUUCAGUCUUGCCUUACACAAAGGGGAUCAUAAAGUUAGAAUCUAUUUUCUAUGUACUAGUACUGUGUACUGUAUAGACAGUUUGUAAAUGUUAUUUCUGCACACACCUUCUUAUAAUUAUAUAUUAUAUAUAUAUAUAUCAGUUUGAUCACACUAUUUUAGAGUCUUAAUGCCAAGUCAGCAGAUUUGCUUUAUGAAUUACAGGGACUAGAAAUGCCCACAUUCAGGAAAUUUGUAAUAACAUUGUCUAGUCACUCAUCCCCAUUCUAGUAGGAAGUUUGUACAUACUGUAAAUAUGUGUGUUUGCUUGACUUGAAACAGGUUGGUUUCUGAAUGUUUUACCAUCCUUGUAAGUUAUAAUUUUGACCAUAAAUUACAGUAAAUAUAACCGAACUCCA